GUUUUUCUCGUCAUUUAGCUCAUAAUACAAAGAUGCCCUGUCCUUUUGUUGCCCGUUUACCAGCCUCUUUCCUCCGAAACUAUGGAGGUUCUCUCGUGAAGACGUAUAUUGAAUAUUGUCCAUUUAUGGCUCGUUUCGUGUCCACCGUGUCGAGUGCUCCCGCUGGAGAUGCGCCAGCUCAACAAAAAGGAUGUCCCUUUCUGGAUGCCGUCAAGCCCACCUUAAAAGUUGCUAGUCCAGAAACGGAGGACGAUAUCAUUGAUGUGGCAGCAGAUAAAUCCAAUGUAUCGACAUUCUGUUAUGAAGACUUCUUUCAAGAUCAGAUUGCCAAAAAGAAGAAGGAUCAUUCUUAUCGAAUCUUUAAGAAAGUGAAUCGCAUAGCAGGAGGUUUUCCUCUGGCACAAGAACACACUGACGGCAAUCAUCCCAUUACAGUCUGGUGUAGUAAUGAUUACUUAGGAAUGAGCCGACACCCAGAGGUUAAGAGAGCAGUAAUUGAAGCUGUUGAAGCACAUGGAUGUGGUGCUGGUGGAACCCGGAACAUAUCGGGAAAUUCUCCGUUUCACGAACUUCUGGAGAAAGAACUCGCCCAACUGCACAACAAAGAAGCAGCUCUACUGUUCACGUCAUGCUUUGUGGCCAACGACUCGACCUUGUUUACCUUGGCUAAAAGCCUGCCGGGCUGCCACAUAUUUUCUGAUGCUGGAAAUCAUGCUUCCAUGAUACAAGGAAUACGGAACAGUGGGGUGUCGAAGCAUAUCUUUCAUCACAAUAAUCCAGAACACUUGGAAGAACUUCUGAGCAAAGUUGACAUUAGCAUUCCCAAGAUUGUGGCAUUUGAAACUGUCCACUCAAUGACAGGAGCCGUUUGCCCUCUGGAGAAGAUGUGUGACGUUGCUCACAAGUAUGGAGCAAUAACAUUUGUGGAUGAAGUUCAUGCUGUUGGCUUGUAUGGAGAACAUGGUGGUGGGAUUGGAGAGCGUGAUGGGGUCAUGCACAAGAUGGAUAUCAUAUCUGGCACAUUAGGAAAAGCAUUUGGAAACAUUGGAGGCUACAUUGCUAGUACAUUGCCCCUGGUGGAUACGGUUCGAAGCUACGCAACAGGUUUUAUCUUCACCACCUCUCUUCCUCCCACUGUCCUUAAGGGAGCAUUGACUUCUAUCCAGGUGUUGAAAAGUGAGGAAGGCAGAAUGCUGCGAGAAAAGCACCAAGAUAACGUCCGAUAUCUUCGUAAAACACUGAUGAAUGCUGGAAUUCCUGUUGUACAUUGUCCAUCUCACAUUAUUCCUGUUCACGUUGGCGACCCUUGGUACUCUACUAAAGUGUCAAACGAACUGAUUUCAAUGCACGGGCAUUAUGUCCAGGCCAUCAAUUACCCGACUGUUCCUCGAGGUGAAGAAAAGCUUAGAAUUGCACCAACACCAUUCCAUACUCGACCCAUGAUGGAGGCGUUUGUACGAGACCUUGUGAGUGUGUGGCGUGGUUUAAAGCUGCCUUUAAGAGACGGGAUUUGCGAAAAGAAAUGCGAAUUUUGCGAAAAGCCGUUAUAUUUUGAACACUUGGAAUCACGAGUGCUGCCACCGUGCGGAAAUCGUUUUGGAUGUCCCCAGAUGGUUGCCGCACAUUAACAGGAAAUGUGUUUGUUGAAGUAAAGUAACAGUGGUUAUGAAUUAAUUUUAAAAGCAUGAAAUAUAUUGAGUUUUACAAUUUUAUUAUUUCACAUGUUUAAAGGUAUAUUUUAUUAUCCAACUUUGAAAUUAGCUAUUAUAUAAAAAAAAGUAUUACACGGAAUAAAGAUUUUGCACGCUUGA